GUUGCAGACACACACCCAGGAAAGCCCACCACGGCCAGCGUGGACCUCCCAAUAUGUCGAAGAUUGACCGCAUGAUGAUCCAGGGCAUCCGCUCGUUCGGGCCCGAGAAAGGAGAAACCAUCGUCUUCACCGCGCCACUCACCCUCAUCGUAGGCUGGAACGGUUCUGGCAAGACCACCAUCAUCGAGUCGCUCAAGUAUGCGACCACCGGUGACCUGCCCACAAACAGCAAGACGGGAGGUGCCUUCAUCCACGACCCCAAGCUGCGAAAUGAAAAAGAACUCCUCGCCCAGAUCAAGCUAUCUUUCCGGUCGACAUCGGGAGUGCGCAUGGUAGUCACCCGCAACCUCCAAGUCACCGUCAAGAAGAACGCACGCAGCCAGAAGACCCUGGAGGGCUCCCUGCUCAUGAUCAAAGAUGGCGAGAAACACUCCAUAUCCACCCGAGUCGCCGAGCUGGACCAGAUCAUCCCACAGUAUCUUGGUGUGUCGAAAGCCAUCCUGGAAAACGUCAUCUUCUGCCACCAGGAAGACAGUUUAUGGCCAAUGAGUGAUCCAGCCAGUCUCAAGAAGAAGUUUGACGACAUCUUCGAAGCAAUGAAAUACACAAAAGCUAUUGAAAAUAUAAAAUCGAUCCGCAGGAAUCAGAGCGUGGAACUGGGUCAGCUCAAGAUUAUUGAAGCAAACGCAAAAGAGGACAGAGACAGAGCCGACAAGAGUGAAAAGCGUCAGGCUGUGCUUUUCGACGAGAUCGAGACGCUUCGGGGCACAUACGAGCGGACAGACGGUGACUGCACCGAGGCCCAAGAGAAGGCCAAUGAAGCCUACAACCACGCAGCGCGAUAUGAGCAAAUCGUUGCCCAGCUCAACGGUAAGCGCAUCACAUUCGACGCCAACAAGGAGAGCGUGGCAAUACUCGAAGACAACCUGAAGCACAUGGCUGAGUCGGACGAGGAGCUCCAGUCCAUGCUCGACCAGUAUGAGCAACGAGUCUCCAUGUACGCUACCCAACAAGACGAGCACCGCCACCAAUACGGCGACCUCAAGCACGAUUUGGAAGACAAUCGCGGCUCUCUUGGUGCGAAGCAGGCCGAAAUUGGAAAGUACGAAGCGCAGAAAGAGCAGCAUGACCGUCAGCUUCAACAGCGCGAAAACCUGAUCAAGGAAGCGGCCAAGCGCCAUUCUAUCCGUGGCUACGACUACGACAUCACCGAAAAGCAAGUGAUCAGCUUCCAACAAAUCCUUGACAAGAUGUCUCGGGACCAGAACAAGACUCUUGAACGUGCCCGGGAAGAUACACAGCGUAAUCUGCGUGAGGCUCAGCAUAACCUCAGCCAGCUCAACACACGUAAAUCAGGCCUAAGUCAGAGCAAAGAGGCUUCGCGAAAGCAGAUCGCGGACAACGACAAGCGCGUUUCUGACCUGCAGCGAACUAUGAACCACAUCAAGGCAGACGAAGGUGGUGAAGCCAUCUUGCAGAACAAGAAGCAAGAUGUUGAGGAACAACUGAAUGACGCAAAUGCAAAGGCUGCUAGUGAAGGUUAUGAUGAGCAAAUCCGGGAGACGUCAAGCGAUGUACGAACCCUGGAGGACAAGAAGGAGCGCCUGACGACUGAGCUCGGCGAUGCCACAAAGCAAGCUCGUGAGUCUGCGUCGAUCGAUUACGCGCGGAAUGAGUUGCAGGGACAGCAGCAUAGUCUCGAUACGAUGAAGAAAGUGCACAACAAGCGUAUCUCGCAGCUCGUUGACUCGGAGUGGGAUCCUGCUACACUAGAAACUACCUUCCAGCAGGCUCUCUCUGAGAAGACAGGCAAAGUCAAGGAAGCAGGAUCGCGUCGUGAUAUCGCGCAGACGAAACUCGACAAGAUCAACUUCCAGCUGUCAAGUGUUGAGUCGCAGCUCAAGAAGAAGCGGUCAGAGCAUCGGCAAUACGAACAGAUAGUGAAAGACUCCGUUCAGAAGGACGAUAUAUCCGACUUUGACGAGACACUGCAGCAGCUUGAGGAAGACUAUGAAGGGUCAUCGGUGGAUAAGGCAAAGUUUGAGGCACAGGUUGAGUACAUGCGCCAGUGCUUGAAAACAGCCGAGAAAGAUAACGUGUGUCGACUCUGUGCUAGAUCACUUCACGACGACAGGUCCGAGCAUUUUACUACGGCAGGCUUUAUCUCCAAGCUGGAGAGCAUCAUUACCAAGGCCGAGAGGAACAUGCAAGGCGAUAAUGCAGAGGAGCUGCUUGCUGAGUUGGAGAUGGCACGCAAUGCUAAGCCAAGCUAUGAACUCGCCAUCCGUCUGCGAGAUUCUGAAAUACCAGCACUUCAAACUGAGCUCACUCAACUAACGACAGAGCGUGAGAGCGUCAAUAAACAACUUGAAGAUCAGGAUGCCGUUAUCCACGACCUGGAGGCCGCGAGGCAGGAAGUCGAGUCACUGUCAAAGGAAGUUCAGACUAUCGUUGGCUACUAUAACAGGACACGCGAUCUUGACGUACAGAUUGAGGAGCUCACUCGAACGCAGAAGGCUGCUGGAUUGUCUCGAGGCAUUGAUGCAGUUCAGGCCGAUCUGAAGAAGAUCACAGAUGACAGCCGAAGUGCAAGGACUGCCCUUGAUCAACUAACCGCCAACCGAGACAAGUCGCGCAAUACCAUUACCACACUAGAACUGAGUAUUCGCGAUAUUAACGCUGAGCUCAACAACGCACAGUCUAAACUCAAGGAGAAGCGGGCUCUUGCUGACCGUAUCGAGGAGUUCAAAACCGAGAACAACAAGCAGCGAGAGUCGAUGCGUGACUUCGACAAGGAUGUUGAGAACCUUGUACCCGAGAUUGAACAGGCUCAGUACAAGUACGACGACAUCAACCGUCGAGGCAAUGAACGUGUGCAGCGCGCCCACGACGAAGCGUCCAAGCUCUCUGACAGCGUCCGCCAACUCAACCAAGCAGACACGGAAAUCAACGCAUACAUUGGUCGUGGAGGCCCACAGCAGCUCGCACGCACACAUCGGGAAAUCGAGAACCUGCAAGGUGAAAUUGCGCGGAUCGAAACAGAAAUGCUUGAAGUGACUCGCAAAGUCAAGAAGAUGGAAGAUUCGAUGCGCGACACGGAGAUGACGAAACGCUCCAUCAGCGACAACCUCCGCUACCGAAAAGCCAAGCGCGCUCUUGAAACUUUAGAGGUCGAAAUCCAGAAACUAGAAGAACAUGGCGCCGAACGCGACAAAGAGCACUACGAGCGUGAGGCGCAUCAUUGGGACACACGCUUCCACCAGCUCAACACAGAAAAAACCAGCGUAGAGCGCGACAUGAAGAACAAAGACGACCAACUAACAGAGUUGAUGCAAGAAUACGAAACGCUCUACAAAGACGCCAGCACGCAAUACCGCUCCUCGCACAUCAAAGUCGAAACAACAAAAGCCGCCAUCGAAGACCUCGGCCGCUACGCCGGCGCCCUCGACAAAGCAAUCAUGAAAUACCACUCCCUCAAAAUGGAAGAAAUCAACCGCAUCAUCGCCGAGCUCUGGCGAAACGCCUACCAAGGCACAGACGUAGACACCAUCCGCAUCGCGUCCGACCACGACGGCCGCGGGAACAGAACAUACAACUACCGCGUCGUCAUGGUCAAGCAGGACACGGAAAUGGACAUGCGCGGCCGCUGCUCCGCGGGUCAGAAAGUCCUCGCUAGUAUCGUUAUUCGUCUCGCGCUCGCGGAAUGCUUCGGCACGAAUUGCGGGCUCAUUGCGCUGGAUGAACCGACUACGAAUCUUGAUCAGCAGAAUAUUAAGGGCUUGGCGGAGAGUUUGAGCCAGAUUAUUCAGAUGAGGCGCAAGCAGGCGAACUUUCAGUUGCUGGUUAUUACGCAUGACGAGCAGUUUUUGCGCGAGAUGAAUUGCGCGGAUUAUACGGAUGUUUAUUGGCGGGUGGGUAGGGAUGCCAUGCAGGAGAGCUUUAUUGAGAGGCAGAAUAUUGCGGAGGUUUCGUAACUGAAGUGAGUGAGUGAGUUGAUGUGGAAGAUGUAGCUGGAGAAAAGAAAAAGGGGUGGGAAAUGGGUAUGAUCAGGCGUUUUUUUGUGGGCAGUAAAUACCCCUUUUUUCUUUCCUUUCUUCAUUGUCAUGUAGGUCUUGGUUUAGUAUUUAGCAUGAUGAACUGCUACACAGACAAUGACACUACAAAACAUACGUUU